CAGAGAUGUGCACGGCGGGGAGGCGCUGGGGCCGGCGGCAGCGAGCUCUGCUCUGGGUGAUCCUGCUGGCGGCGUGGGAGGCGGCGUGGGGGCAGCUGCGCUACUCGGUGCCCGAGGAGAUGCCCAAGGGCUCGUUCGUGGGCGACGUGGCCAAGGACCUGGGGCUGCAGCUGCCGGAGUUUCGAAAUCGCGGUGCCCGCAUUGUCUCCGGAGGUAGGACGCAGUAUUUCGCUCUGCACGGGAAGACGGGGCAUUUAGUGACGGCGGAGAGGAUCGACAGAGAGCAGCUGUGCGAGGGUGUGCAGCAAUGCGUGCUGCGCUGUGAGCUGAUAGUGGAGGGAGAAAUGAAGUUUUAUGAAAUCGAAGUGGAAAUCACGGACAUUAACGACAAUGCGCCCAGCUUCAAGGAAAUUGAGCUGGAAGAGAGGAUUAACGAGGCCACAGCCCCCGCUUCUCGGUUUCCCCUUGCCGAGGCUCACGAUCCCGAUACGGGACGGAAUUCCCUGCAGAGCUACGAGCUGAGCGGUGACGAGCACUUCUCGCUGGCCGUGCAGUCGGGCCCCGGCGGCGAUCAGCGUCCCGAGCUGGUGCUGGUGAAGGCGCUGGACCGGGAGGAGGCGGCGUUUCACGAGCUGGUGCUGAGGGCGAUGGACGGCGGCGAUCCGGCACGGACGGGCACGGCUCGGAUCCGAGUAAAGGUGGUGGAUGCGAAUGACAACGCGCCGGUGUUCAGCCAGGCGGAGUACACGGUGCGUGUUCCCGAGGACGUGCCCGUGGGCUCAACCCUCGUCAUCGUGAGUGCCACCGACGCCGACGAGGGGGUGAACGGGAAAAUAAAAUACUCGUUAAAGAAAAUAACAGAAAGAUCCUCGAAGAUAUUCCACCUCGACUCUGAUACGGGUGCGAUCACUCUGUUGCGAAGUCUGGACUUCGAGGAAGGUGACUCAUAUGAGCUGGAAGUACAGGGACGAGACGGCGGCGACCUUUUUGACACGACUAAAGUCUCGAUCACAGUCACAGACGUAAAUGAUAACGCGCCGCUGAUUUCCGUGCGGUCAGCGUUAAGUGAGAUUUCUGAGGAUGUCCCGUCGGGGACGGUUGUAGCCCUUCUACAUGUGCAGGACUGGGACUCGGGGGCGAAUGGUGCCGUGCGCUGCGCGCUCGACGGGGACGUCCCGUUCCGGCUGCAGAGCUCCCACGGCAACUACUACAGCGUGGUGACAGCGAGAGAGCUGGACCGAGAGCAGGUGUCGGAGUACAACGUGACGGUGCGGGCGGCCGACGGCGGGUCGCCGGCGCUGCAGAGCAGCGCGGUGCUGGCGCUGCGGGUGCUGGACGUGAACGACAACGCGCCGGUGUUCGCGGAGGAGCGCUACAGCGCGCGGCUGGCGGAGAACAACGCGGCGGGCGCGCUGGUGCUGACGGUGCGCGCGACGGACGCGGACUGGGGGCAGAACGCGCGCGUGCGCUACCGGCUGUCGGAGGGGCGGGUGCGGGGCGCGCCGCUGUCGUCGUACGUGUCGGUGCAGGCGGAGACGGGCGCGCUGUACGCGCUGCGCUCCUUGGACUACGAGCAGGUGCGCGAGCUGCGGCUGUGGGUGCGUGCGGAGGACGGCGGCGCGCCGGCGCUGAGCAGCAACGUGUCGGUGGUGCUGCAGAUCGUGGACGAGAACGACAACGCGCCGCAGGUGCUGUACCCGCCGGCGGGCGCGCUGCGGGCGGGCUCGGGCUCGGGCGGUGCGUGGUCGGGCGUGGAGCUGGCGCCGCGCUGGUCGGAGGCGGGCGCGCUGGUGGCCAAGGUGGUGGCGGUGGACGCGGACGCGGGCCAGAACGCGUGGCUGUCGUACGAGCUGGCCAAGGCGACGGAGCCGGGGCUGUUCCGCGUGGGGCUGCACAGCGGCGAGGUGCGCACGGCGCGCUCGCCGCUGGCCCGCGACGCGGCGCGCCAGAGCCUGGUGGUGGUGGUGAAGGACCACGGGCGGCCGGCGCUGUCGGCCACGGCCACGCUGAGCGUGGUGCUGGCCGAGAGCGUGGCCGAGCUGCUGGCCGAGCUGGGCAGCGCGGCCGACGAGGCGGCGGCAGAGCCGGGCGAGCCGGCCGUGAGCCUGACGCGCUGGCUCGUGCUGGCCGUGGCCGCCGUGUCCUGCCUCUUCGUCGCCUUCCUGCUGCUGCUGCUGGCGCUGCGCCUGCGCCGCUGGCGCCGCCAGCAGCUGCUGCCGCCCGCCAGCGGCGCCUUGCGCGGCGUGCCCGUCUCGCACUUCGUGGGCAUCGACGGCGUGCGCGCCUUCCUGCAGUCCUACUCGCACGACGUGUCGCUCACGGCCGACUCGCGCAAGAGCCAGCUGCGCUUCUCGGCCGGCGGCAGCUGCUGCGACACCCUCCCGGCCCGGCCGCUGCCCGACGAGCCCGCGCCGCUGCUCGGGAACGAGGAUUCCGCCAGCCCCCUUCCUGUGGAUCCCACCGCUCCCUCGGUGGUCGUGGUGUCCUUGUUCAGCCUUAAGCUGGGCGAGACAGGAGAAGGGAGGUUCUUCUUUUGGAGGAGAGAGCCCGGAGCCGGUGCCGGCGCUGAGCCCCGCCCAAAGCCGGGCCCCCUUGAGCGCGGCCGUGCGGCGGCUGCAGUGUCGCGGCGGCGCCUCCGGGUGUCGCUGUUGGCCGCCGCCGAGCGGCGCUGGAGCCGCCGCCGCCGCAGCGUCCUGCCCCCGCAGGCUGCUCGCUCGCCCGGCGCCGGCCAGAGCGGCAGCGGCAGCGCCAGCAGCAGCGGCGAGAGGCGGCGAGAGGCGGCGAGAGGCGGCGCUUGGCGGGGAGCAGCGGCGUCCGAGGCGGCCCGAGCGGGCUGGCUGCGCUACCUGUGA